UCAGCUACUGAUGGCAGGAAACAAUAAGAAGUCCUUUUAAACCUGGAGGAUCAGCUUGCAUUGAGCAGCACAGCUCUUUGCUUUUGCUUACCACCGGGGGGUGCUAUGUCUUUUCUCUUUUGCUGGUAAAUUAGUGUUCAUUAUCUCAGUGAAAUUUCCUGUGUGCAUGCAACUCUCGCUGUCUCACUGUGUGCAAGAGCCACCACAGGAGAGCAAAAUACGGAGGACAGGUUUGCUCUGCUUCCAGAGUUUGAAGAGGGGUUUCUUCUCCCCAAGGAGCAGAAUGGACAGUGUGUGGAAGGACUGGGUGCUUCUCACAGUCCUUUGCUUGGCUUUCUACCAAGAACAAGUGACAGCUUUCAUAAUCACCGCUCCUUACUCACUUUACAUCUGCCCAGAAGGACAGAAUGUCACCUUGACGUGCAGGAUCACUGGGCCACUCUCUGACCAGAAUGACCUACUUCACAAAAUGUGGUUUUUCAGCAGCAGUGGGGACCAAAACUGCUCUGAAAAAAAACAUAUCCGCAACGUUACCGAAAGAGAGCUGCAUGAUGAAUCAGGGAAUCACCAUGGAUCAAGCAACAUCACUGGAAAGUAUCUUCAUGGGGAACAAGCAUACCACCAUGGGCUGGCAAGCACCUCAGACCAUCAUGGGACAUUUCAUAUCAUCAUGAUGAACCUGACACUGCGUGAUAGUGGAAAUUACUGCUGCUAUGUGAUAGAGUUUAAAAAGCAACAUGGCAAACCACACACCCAGCAUGUGGCUCAUGGCUUCAUGGAACUCCGCAUACAGAAAGGCAAAGAAACGCUUCAGAACUGCACGUAUUAUCCUGCUGCCAGCAGAGCUAGUGAAAAUAUCACGGCAGCUGCACUGGCAACUGGAGCCUGCAUUGUAGGCAUUCUCUGCCUGCUCCUCAUCCUAUUCCUAAUUUACAAGCAGAGACAAUCCAUCAGCAACAGACGUGCUCAUGAACUUGUGAGAAUGGAGAGUAAUGCUCAAGGCAUUGAAAACCCUGUCUUUGAGCCAGUUCCAUCCACAAAUCCAGAGUCCAAGCCAAGGCCACAGAUGACCUACAUGGCCAACCGCCAGCAGUCAGAAUCAGGUCGGCACCUGCUCUCAGAACCAAACACUCCAAUAUCUCCUCCAGGAACAGGGGAUUGCUUUUUUCCAACACUGGAGCCUGUUCCUGAUUCUCCAGAUCCCAUGAAAGUAUAAAAUUCCCGAGGAAGAACACCUUUCGCUGAGCUGCACACAGAGAUGUAGAAGAGGCUUUCACUAUGGCUGAAGCAAAAGCUUUCUAAACAAGACCGUUUUUGAAGGCAAAAAUGACAACAGAUGCUUUCUCUGGCGUUUGGUGCUUCCACCAGCACAUUUGCCACUGUUCUUGCCUUUCUUUGCAAAGUUCUCAAGAUAAAAACACAAGGGGAAAAGAAGAGGCACCAGCUCAGCCUUACCAUGUUUCCUUUCCUCUAUGAGGAUGCUUGCAAUUUAAUGAACAGUGUGUCAAAUGUUUCUCUGCUGGCAUGCAGGCCCCUGGGGCAUGGUUCCUUCCAGCACGCUUACAACAUUGGUGCCUUGAGCAGAGAUAAGGAGGUGACUUGUUAAGCUGGAGAGGAUGCGGAACAAAAGAGGCCUUAAGAACUGAACAGUAGUUUGAGAACAUCCUCCUCCCUUGUCAUACACACACGUGCCACAGACUACAGCCAUGUACUGGGGAAAACAAGGUGCUCUUCAGUGGGUUUAGUUUUCUGCUGUUUUCCAGAAGCAAUGUGUAUAUGUGUGUACAUAAAUAUACAUAUACUAUAUAUUAUUUUUUACUGUACCUCUUGUUGCAGUUGCAUAGCAGCUGUAUGAUAUGCUUUUAACUUGUGGCCCAUCACAAAAGAUACAUAAUGCAAAGAUCCCUAAUUUAAAAAAAAAAGCUACCUAUGAUAGCUGAGGCAUGGAGGGGAGGUAGUCAAAAUUGAAAAAUGGGCCUAAAUGAAGAGAACUAGGAUGAAUUUGAACAGAGGCAAUGUGGAUGCCUUCAAGAUUGCAAAAUGAAGUCAAGACACAACAGUAUUUCUGGAGUUAUUUGGAAGUUAUUAAUGUUGACUGGCAAGCAUUUCACAACUGUGACUUACUAUCAGACACUAACAAUAAAAUAGCUAACUUCUAAAACACAAACAGUCUGAGCAGAGAAAAAUCAUACUCUGGGAUAGAUUUCCAGUCUUCAAACUAAACUGGAAAAAUGUAGUCCUAAAAAGCUACUUGUUGCAAUGAUUGUUAAAUGUCUUUGCUGUGAUUCACUGGUUGCUAGGGUGCAUGGAUUGGUUCCUGGCCCUUAGGAAUCUAGCUGUUUUGCCAGCUGUACUUAACUUACAUACUCCCAUAACAUCCUGAGACAACCAAGGUCUCUCUCCUUGACUCACCAAACAGAUGAAAAUAAAAAACCCUUGGUACAAAAGUUGUUCCCUAAACGUUUGCUUUUUCUCAGGGGAAAAAAGUCAAAACAAAAGGGUAAAAAAACUGAAAUCAUGAGGGUUAUUAGUAUUAUGCAAUGGCAAUAUUAGAUUAUAUAAAAAAAGAUACUCUUGAAUCAGAUUGGUGAUUGCCUGCACUCAUCUGGGUAGCUGCCAAAUUCCAGAACUGUCUACAAUCAAGAGGGUGAUAUUCCCUGCCAGGGUCAAAAUGGCUUACUACUUAAGAGAGCUAGUAUAAGAUGUGCACACUGAAAAGGAGCCAACUGAGGGAAUUUGAAACCCUGUGUGAAAGCUAAAAUUUUCUACCAAUUAGCAAUAUGCUUUACCUGACCAUCAUGGAUCUUGCAGUGGAUCCUAUGACACAGUGACUUCAACAUGGCAUGUAUUUACAUAUGUCUGCUUACAUUUGUCUAUCUGUGGAAUAUGGGGAGCCAUUUACUUAGUGAGUCAGUUCCUCUGCCAACUUUUGAAUUAACUGUUUCAGAACUGAACAAUGUCAUCGGUAAAUUCAGAAAAACCAAUGUCUGUAGUAUGGCCAGAUAUGGCUGCUACACUUGAAAACUAGUAGCAGAUGGAUAUGCAAUUCUUUUAGUCUGGGAAGGUAUUACAGAUUUGCUGCUGACACAGUAUUGUGUUAGUAGGUGGGUGAGGCACAUGACUGUCCCUGGUCGUCCUAGAUGUAGCAACUCCACAGCUAACUCCAGAGGCAUUUGCGUGUCUACAAAUUAAAAAGAGGAAGAAAAUGAGCAGCAAUAUGAGGACUGAAAUCUUGUGCAAAUCAGCCACAACUGGAACAGCAAGCCUCAAAGUUACAAAAUAAUUUGCUUGUGGCAGAAGUUGUGCAACUGUACCUCCUACCCAAUGACUCAUCUUCAAGCUCCAUUUCAAAGGAUUUCAUAGUGAAUCCCCAGAUCACAGCUUCCAAAGCAGAAAAUGACCUGGGUGCAGACAUUGCCCCAUAAGGUCACAGCCACAGCUAUUUUUCUAUUUGGUUCCUGUAAUAUGCCUGCACAUUCUCUUUCAUAAAGGGCUCAGGGAAGGGAUGAAGGGCCAACUGGCAUUUUCCAGACAUGCCAUGUAUUCUUUCUGAAGGAAGAGACUGGAGAUGUAGACCAUAUGCAGCCCUUAACAAAGAUGACUUCAGCCUGAUGAGAACAAUACCCAAUGGAAGAACUAGGAGCACUAUCUGAUCUGGAAAAGGAGCUCCUGAUACCACUUCUUAAUUUUCAUCAUCUUAAAAAAGAAUCCAAGCAACUCCCUGCUUUCCCUUCUUGCCUUGCCUCAAAAGAUCACACUGUGGAUCUGUGAAGAUGGCUGACAACAUGGGUUGCAUGUUCCUGGACUGGGAGGGGCUGAAAAGAGUAGAAUGAAGGAAACAUUUCCAUUUCUUUACAGCAGAGAUAAUCAACUGCUUUGGGCUAUUUGUACACUUUUAUUGCUUUGAUAUUUCUCCACAUUUAUAUACAUCUGUUUGUUUAUAAAGAUGUUUGAUAUUACAAUAAAAUUUUACUGGAAACAAAA